AAAUAUAUCAAUAAUAUGUGUAAUUUAAUACGUACAAAGAAUGGUGUCAACAUAUUUGAGUUUUCAAGUUAUUUAUUAUAGUACCACAAAAUAAUCUUAUCAUAUCGAUUAGAAAAGCAUUCGUUAAAUUUGCCUCAGUGAAGAGAUUCAAAGCUAUGAAUUCAAAGGAAUAACGCUUCCGACAUGUCGAACGUUAACGGAAACGAGGACGAUGAGUCGUAUCCUCUGCACGAGUGCGUGUUCGUAGGCGAUGUUCGAAAACUUUCGUCUUUACUGAGAUUCAACGACGUGACACGUAAGGAUAAACAUGGAAAUACAGCCUUACACUUAGCCGUAAUGUUGGGGCGCAAGGAGUGCGUGCAGCUGCUGCUGGCUCACGGUGCACCCGUGAAAGUUAAAAAUCUAGCAGGUUGGUCACCUCUCGCAGAAGCCAUAAGCUACGGCGACCGUCAGACUAUAUCCUCGUUGGUCCGCAAACUGAAACAGCAAGCUCGCGAGCAAAUGGAGGUCAGAAGGCCCGACCUAAUAAGAGCUCUGUCACAAAUUCAAGAUUUUUACAUGGAACUCAAAUGGGAUUUUCAUUCCUGGGUGCCUUUGGUGUCUAGAAUUUUGCCCUCUGAUGUGUGCAAAAUUUAUAAAUCUGGGUGUGGCAUCAGAUUAGACACCACACUUGUCGAUUUUACGGACAUGAAAUGGGAGAGAGGUGAUAUAUCUUUUAUCUUUCAAGGAGAAAAAGCACCCAGCGAGUCUCUGACUGUGCUCGAUAAUAAAACCAAAGUCUACCAACAUGUUAGAUACGAGGAAACAGAAAAUGAAAUAGAAGAUGAAGUUGACUUGUUGAUGUCCAGCGACAUACUAGCCGCACAGAUGUCUACAAAGGGUAUAUUGUUCUCUAGAGCUCAGUCAGGAUGGAUAUUCAGGGAAGAUCGAAAAGAAACAGUGGCUGGAUUAUACAAAAGUGACAUUUACACCAUAACAGGGCUCGUUUUGGAGUCACGUAAGAGGAGAGAACAUUUGUCCACGGAUGACCUACAGAAAAAUAAGGCUAUCAUUGAAAGCUUGACAAAAGGAAACACACAAAAUUUAGAUACUAAUGGUGAACCUGUACGAAGAGCUUCUUUAAACCCUCCCCCAGAAUGUGGUGUGGAUUGGCCAGCAUACAUAUCAUCCCUUCCAGGCCAGUACCCCAGUUUAGGUCGAGAGUUGGUGUACAAAGAAUCAUCGAGAAACUUCAGGGCUACGAUCGCUAUGAGUGAUGACUUUCCCCUGAGUGUAGACAUGCUCCUUAAUGUUUUGGAAGUGAUUGCGCCGUUUAAGCACUUUGCUAAACUUCGUCAAUUCGUUGCAAUGAAGCUGCCCAAAGGUUUUCCAGUCAAAGUGGAUAUACCCAUUCUCCCAACGGUGACUGCAAAAAUAACCUUUCAAAAAUUUGAUUUUCGUGAUGACAUACCACCAGACUUAUUCAUUAUACCGGAAGACUUUGUAGAGGAUCCUUUACGGUUCCCUGACUUAUGACGCUUUGAUAUUCUAACACUGUUCGAAAUUAGUGAUGGUCCUAUAUGGCAAUGUGAAAGAAAAAGUGGGCGAGUAUAUUUUAGCACCAGUGACAAGUAUUACAUGGCGACACACAGUCUUCUCACUAUUGAGAUUCCCAUGCUGUUCGGCUUGGGCAGUUCGUAUUCCAGCCACUAUGUACUCUUUGUCGAGUAGCUAAAUUAAACUAGAUAAUAAAUAUUAUGAUGAAUUUUCUUGACGUGGUAGUUUGUUAAACAGUGUUAGAAUGGUAAUUUACACAAAUAUUAGAAAAUUAUUAUUAUUUCACCAUCUCACCUGUUGUAAUUAUAACUUUGAAAUUUGUAUUUGGAAUGUGGAUUAAACAAUAAUAUGGAAAAUGUAAGAAAAUUAUAUUUCUCAGAAUAUGAAACUAGGUAAAGCCAUUGUACAAUUUGAAAUUAUUCAGUGAAUUAUUAUUUAUUCUCUAUUUAUUAACGUUUUAUUUAUCUUUUUGUAUUAAUAAUUUGUGAUAAAUUAUUUGAAGUCUACAUUGAAGUCAUACAGACAGUGAUUAUGUUGCCCAGAGAUUAAAAGUUGUCUCGGCCUAUUGACUGUUAUAUAAUAGUCGAGUUCCUGUAUACUACUUUGAGGGUUUUAUUACUGUUCAAAUUUCAUACAUCCUUCUAUUCUAUUAGGCGCUUUGCAGACGAAGGAGCGGGGUGGGUAGGUCAGUUUCGCUGCAAACAAUAGCACAAAGGGAAUCCUAUAUUAUUACCAACGCACACGGUGGGCAAAAAGACCGCGCUCCAGGUGCCCGGCGUUCACUGGCGGCGCAUUGCCCGCCGUGGAUCACACAAACCAGUUUACAUGCAGUAACGCAGAC